AUACUUUCUGCUGUCACUAGCAUGACAGGAAAAACGGAUGGUUUUUGUUUUAAACCGAGAGCACUUUGAUUAAAGUCAGCAUUAGUUUAUUUAUUUAUUUAUUUUUAGAACAAAGAGUUUGUGUUUGGAAUUUUUUAUUUUUAAAGACAAACACUAUCUUUGGCUUUGGGCUGUGAGAAAUAAUUUGUCAAAAUAUCUGCUCUAUGCCAACAAGGUAAGUGUCCUGGAUUUUUCUUUUUUUUUUAAAUGGGGAAAUGUUUCCAGAAGCUGCUUUCACAGAGGAUGAAUACUUUCCUUGAACACACCAUGGCCAAGCGAGUUGCAGUGAUUGGAGCUGGUGUGAGUGGCCUGUCCUCCAUCAAAUGCUGCUUGGAUGAGGACCUGGAGCCUACCUGCUUUGAAAGAAGUAAUGACAUCGGGGGACUGUGGAAGUUUACUGAAACUUCUAAAGAUGGAAUAACCAGGGUCUACAAGUCAUUAGUGACAAACGUCUGCAAAGAAAUGUCAUGUUACAGCGACUUCCCCUUCCAAGAAGAUUAUCCCAAUUUCAUGAAGCAAGAAAAAUUUUGGAACUACCUCCAAGAGUUUGCUGAGCACUUUGACCUUCUGAAAUACAUUCAGUUUAGAACCACAGUGUGCAGCGUAACAAAGCGUCCUGACUUCUCCGAAACUGGUCAGUGGGAUGUUGUCACAGAGACAGAGGGGAAGCUGGACAGAGCUAUCUUUGAUGCUGUCAUGGUUUGCACUGGACACUUCCUGAAUCCCCAUUUACCUUUGGAGUCAUUUCCUGGAAUCCAUAAGUUUAAAGGCCAGAUCCUGCACAGUCAAGAGUACAAGAUCCCAACAGGCUUUCAGGACAAACGCGUCUUAGUGAUCGGUCUUGGGAACACUGGAGGGGACAUUGCAGUGGAGCUCAGUCGAACCGCAGCUCAGGUUCUUCUCAGUACUAGAACUGGUACCUGGGUCAUCAGCCGCUCUUCAGAUGGGGGCUACCCAUUUAAUAUGAUGGGUACAAGACGACGCCAUAAUUUUACUGCACAAGUUCUGCCUUCAUGUGUACUAAAGUGGAGUCAAGAGAGGGGCUUGAAUAAAAGAUUUGAUCAUACUAAUUAUGGACUAAAUAUUACUAAGGGGAAAAAACCAAAAAUAAUUGUGAAUGAUGAGCUGCCAACCUGUAUCCUCUGUGGGACAGUCACUAUGAAAACCAGCGUGAAGGAGUUUACAGAAACCUCUGCUCUCUUUGAAGAUGGGACAGUGGAAGAAAACAUCGAUGUUGUGAUCUUCACUACAGGAUACACCUUUUCUUUUCCCUUUCUGGAAGAACCUCUCAAAAGCCUUUGCACAAAGAAGAUAUUCCUGUAUAAGCUGGUCUUUCCCUCAAACCUAGAGAGGACAACACUGGCUAUGAUUGGCUUCAUCAGCCUUACAGGAUCCAUCUUAGCAGGCACAGAGCUCCAAGCACGAUGGGCCACAAGAGUAUUCAAAGGACUCUGUAAGAUACCUCCAUCUCAAAAAUUGAUGGCUGAGGCUACGAAAAAGGAGCAGCUCAUAGAAAGGGGUUUGAUGAAAGAUACCAGUGGAGACAAACUUGACUACAUUUCCUACAUGGAUGACCUCGCUGCCUGCAUAGGCACGAAGCCCAAUGUCCCACUUCUGUUCCUCAAGGAUCCCAGACUAGCUUGGGAAGUUUUCUUUGGACCAUGUACUCCUUACCAGUAUCGCCUAAUGGGCCCUGGAAAAUGGGAUGGAGCCAGAAAUGCCAUCCUGACCCAGUGGGACAGGACACUGAAACCCUUAAAAACUCGAAUAGUUCCCGAUUCCUCCAAGCCUGCCUCCAUGUCACAUUAUUUGAAAGCUUGGGGGGCACCUAUCCUGCUCGCCUCCCUUCUACUGAUCUGUAAAUCUUCACUUUUUUUGAAAUUGGUGCCAGAAAAACUAUGGGACAGAAUUUCUCCUUACUUAAUAAGUAUUUGGCGAGGAUAAAUCUGCUUGGUUAUGAGGGUUGUACCAAGUCAUAUUAAUUCUAUUCCCAAAUAUCUUGUGUUUUUCACUUCUCCUCUCCAUCAUAACUGUUAUCAUCCAAGGUUAGGUCUAAUCAUCUCUUAUCUGAAUUAUUGUACUAUCUUUCUCUCUAGUCUCAGUAUCCCCCUUUUUUGCCUCCUUUACCUAAGCAGUUAUUCUAAAAUAAAAAAUAUUGUCAUUGUUUCCAUCAAGAUCCUGGCAGGAAUAAGAUAGAACUCAAAUUAGGUAAUUUAAUAUAAAGAUUAUGUCAAGUGGUUUGGGCAGAGUGUAGGGAAAUCAUAAGUAGAAUGAAAUUCUCCCAGACUAGUAACAGUGAGGUGCUUCUACCAUCCGUAGGCCUAAUGAGGCAAGGGGAGAAAACAAUUAUGAAUGAGAGGGAGGGAGAGAGAGAGAGAGAGAUUAUGUAGAGAGGGCCACCUCUCAAGAACUAUGACCUCCAGCUGACCAAUGAAGGCAGUUCAUGGUGACCCCAAAAGUACUAGGGAAAUUAAUUGCCGAAUCUUAGGCUCUUCCCUCCCGCUGAUCAUCUGCCCAUGCUCCCCAGUGGCCUAACCCAACCAAAAUUUAGAGGGCAAGGUUACUGACUGUUGUGGAUUUAAUUGCACCCCCCCCAACCAAAAGAUAUAUUCAAGUCGUAACCCCUGGUAUCUGUGAAUGUGACCUUACUUGGAAGUAGGAUCUUUGCAAAUGUAUAUAAGUUAAGAUGAGAUCAUACUGAAGUAGGGUGAGCUAGAUCCAAUAUAAAAAGAGGAUCCUUAUAAAAAGAGGAUAAGACACACAGAGACACAGUCACAGUGGAGAAUACCAUGUGAAGACAGGCAGAGAUUGGAGUGCUGUAUCUACAAACUAAGGAUCGCUAAGCAAGCAAACACUGGAAGGUAAGAGAGAGGCACAGAUCAGAUUCUCCCUCAAAAGCUCCAGAGGGAGCAACCCUGCCAACAAUUCCAGACUCCUAGCCUCCAGAACUGUGAAAGAAUAAGCCACCCCCUCUGUGGUACUUUGCUAUAGCAAUCCUAGGUUACCAAUACACCAACUGAUGUUUUCCGUGGAGGUGAGCCUCCUAAGCCACAGAGCAAAGCAAAGAUGAUGGGGAGUGUGUAGGAAAAGGCAACCAGAAAGGAUCCAGAGCAGACAUGUUGCUUUCCAAUGUAAAAGUCCUUCAAAGUUUGUCCCUUGAUUAGAGAUAAUAAAUUCCUUAGCCUGGAAGAGGAGACUCUUCAUGACCUGAGUCCCUUUGCCCAGGUCACCAGAAUCCUGUCCUACAGCUACCCCUCCACUUCAAACCCUGCCAUCUAGUACUACCAGAAUAUGGACUCUGCUGUACCUCCUCACUUUGGCACAAGCUGUUGCCUCUUCCAGCCCCUCGAAUCUAUACCUGACUGUCUUUCUAGAGAGACCUUGAUCAUCUCCCUCUGUGAAGCCUUCCCUGAAUCCCCAAAGCAGAGCUGACUGCCCGUUCGUAAUGAUUGUGCCUCAUGUACUACUCUGUCAUUGUUCUGUUCUUACUAUAGUAUAAUUUUCUCUUUGUGUCUGUCUCCUAAUGAAUGGUGAGUUCUUGAGAGGAACCAUGUCCUGUUCAGCUAAAACACGGCCUGAUAAAAAGACUGCAAAAUAAAUAUGUGAUGACUGAACGGUGACCUCACUGGCUGACAUUCCUUGUCUCUCCUCUUCUACCCACAUUCUUUUCUUCUGCCAACUUUAUAAAUUACCUCAGAUUACCUCAGCUCUGCAAAUGAACAAGGACAGUCCACCAACAUCUAUUUUACAGACAGUCUAUGUGGCAAUCAGAAUA